CGCUAGCAAAUUCGAGUCACUCUUUCAAUGAGGCACUACAGUAAAAAGCCUUCUGGGUCGUCGUCACAUAGUUGUUUGAAGUCUUAGACGACGUGUGUACAUGUUUGCUUCUCUCUGUGCAGUAGUGGGAGAUUCAUGAAGAAAGUGAACGCCAUUUGUUCGUGAACGUUUAUUGAGUUAAGAGAAAAAACCUUUAAAAAAAACUUCACGUGACCUAGCCGUUAUUUGUACUUCGGCAAAAUCAAGUUUAUUGGAACUACCCUAGCUGAAAAGAAAAGGGAAAACGACGACCAUAGUUUCUCUUUUAGUACUUUUGGUUAAAGCAAAACACAGUUUGAGCAUCAUCGUUGGCUGUAACUUUCGAUCUCCAGUUUUCAAGUUCUUCACAUGGACAUUUACCAAGGACUUACACUCCUUAAAGUAGGUCAUCUAAGCGAUGUCCUACAGCUGGAUUGAAAAUGAAACGCAACGAAGAUUCCAUACAUUUACCCUCUGCCGUUGAGUCAGUAGCACGACCAUUAGGUGGAUCAAUCCAGUCUGGCCGGAUCUCUCCUACGCCUCCUAUGGUGAAUGCUGUACUAGCUGGGGACUUGAGGAAUACUGCAAAUCAAUUGCAGGAGCCUUCUAUAGCAGCAAGUAUGGCCACGUUUAGUACCAGUGGAUUUGUGGCAGCAGCGAAUGGCAGUACCACUGUCACUAUUGGUCCUUUAGGCACCAGUCCACCAGUGCCAUUCUCUACUGCUAUCCAAACAACAAAAGCCCCAUCCAAUACUGGUGGUGUGUCACAAGUGGUGGCACAGCAACAACACAUCUUCCAUCAGUCACUUGCUCAUCAACAAGCUCGUCAUAGUUUGGCUAUUGCUACAGCCCCAGCUGGAUCACCUCCAAUAUCAAUUCAGUCGACAGCCCAGCAGCAGACACAGCAACAGCAACAGAGCUCUAUGCAACAGGCAUUCCAGCAAAUGACGGCUGGUCCUCACGGCCCAGGAGCGCAGCAGUUUCAGCGUUUGAAAGUGGAAGAUGCCCUUUCAUAUUUGGAUCAGGUCAAAUACAAAUUUGGCAAUCAACCUCAGGUUUAUAAUGAUUUCCUUGACAUCAUGAAGGAAUUUAAAUCUCAGAGUAUCGAUACACCCGGUGUUAUUGCACGUGUUUCUUCGUUAUUCCGUGGACAUCCGGAGCUCAUUGUGGGGUUUAACACCUUCCUUCCUCCUGGGUACAAGAUAGAAGUUCAAGCCGAGCAGGUUUCUGUUAGUGUGCCAGGCAGUCUGGGUGUCCCUGCUCACAUACACCAUAUUACACAUGGUCCAAUACCAAUAACGACUACCACCACCCAACAACUUGACAUGGCUGCUCGGAGCACGCCACCAAUCCAACAAGUCAGCAUAACUACCGUUCCUCAGUUAACUGUCGCUCCGCCAAUCCAGCAGGUUCCAGCAGCAUCCGUUCCUGUCAAAGAAGUUGUAUCUGCAGCUAAAACAGCAGGAACUUCCCCCAUAUCAAGUACCGGAUCCAUUUCGACAGCAGCUCCUACAUACAGUUUGAGUUCUCAACAGAAGGAAUCGUCUUCAUCGAGUCCUCAAUUAGGUUCCGCAGCCCAUGGAUAUGCCAAUAGCUCGUCGCAGGGUGCAGCUGCUGUAGUCAGUGCUGCAUUUGGAGUCCCAAAUGCGUCGCAACCAGUUGAAUUUAAUCAUGCCAUUAAUUACGUCAACAAGAUUAAAAACCGCUUCCAGGGCCAACCUGAUAUCUAUAAACAGUUCCUUGAGAUACUGCAUACGUAUCAAAAGGAACAGCGGUCUUUGAAAGAAGGCCUCGUUAGCCCAUUAAACUAUCGGCCUACCUUGACUGAAGCUGAAGUCUAUGCUAAAGUCGCUCAACUCUUUCAAAAUCAAGAAGACCUCUUACAGGAAUUUGGCCAAUUUUUACCUGAUGCUACUAAUGUAACGCGCGGAGGUAAUUGUGGUAGUAGCUUGGUACCGGUUACUCUACCAGCCAUCCCAACGGGACAGACCAAGAAGCCCAGCCCUGUUACAGAGCCAUCUAAACCUCCGGCUAUAGCAAGCGGUAAUUUAACUGGAUCGGCAGUGGCACCGCCGGCGAAAGCACCACUUAAACGGCCGGCGCCUCCCCCAAUUGUAUCAUCUCCGGCCGUCGGUAUGAAUCUGAUACCGAAGAAAAAGCCUCGACUAGAUCCUGGUAGUGGAAAAGAUCAUUCGAUUGCCGACGUUGGAAAGUUUGGUACCAUGAGCGAAUUGGCCUUCUUCGACAAAGUUCGGCGCGUAGCUUGUCGGUCCCGUGACGUUUACGAAAACUUCCUUCGCUGCUUGGUCAUGUAUAACCAAGAAAUUAUUAGCAAAAUGGAAUUGCUCCAAAUCACUACCCCCUUCCUUAGUCGCCAUCCCGAUCUGCUCAAGUGGUUUAAAGACUUCCUCGGACUUAAAGAAGGAACAGGCGUAGGGGGCUACCUGGCUCAUGUUGAAGCUCAACCCAUCAGUUUAAUUCGUUCGCGGAUGGAACGCGAAAUGUACCCUUCAACCAAGGAUGGAAAGGAAUCGCGGGACCACGACAUGCAAGCCAUGGAGAUUGAUUACUCUACGUGCAAGCGCCUCGGCACAUCUUAUUGCGCACUACCUAAGAGCUACGAACCCCCGAAGUGCUCCGGACGAACGCCUCUGUGCAAAGAGGUGCUAAACGAGACGUGGGUUAGUUUUCCCACGUGGUCCAGUGAAGAUUCAACUUUUGUCAGCUCACGCAAGACGCAAUACGAAGAAUACAUUUACCGGACGGAAGAUGAACGCUACGAGUUGGAUAUUGUGCUAGAGACUCACAUGAGCACAAUCCGCGUCCUAGAAGGUGUUAUGAAGAAACUGAAUCACCGAAUGAAUGCUGAAGAAGCAAACCGCUUCAAAUUGGAUGACUGUCUUGGCGGAUCUUCUCCAACCAUCCACAUCAGAGCUAUUCGGCGUAUUUACGGAGACAAAGCCACCGAGAUCAUCGAAGGGUUGAAGCGAAGUCCUCAGGUGGCAAUUCCGGUUGUGCUGCGCCGCAUGAAAGCUAAGGAAGAAGAGUGGCGCGAAGCUCAGAAAGGGUUCAACAAAAUAUGGCGUGAUCAGAAUGAAAAGUAUUAUCUCAAGAGCCUCGACCAUCUAGGAACUAAUUUCAAGCAAAAUGACGUAAAGGCGCUACGCUCUAAGGCGCUUAUCAACGAAAUUGAGACUAUCUUUGAAGAGCGUAACGAAGAGAACGCCAACAAGACGGAUAUGGGUCGUUCAACUAAUGUGAGCAAUGGGCCUCAUCUUAAGUUGGCUUAUAAGUCACGACGGAAGGUGCUGGACGACGCAGCAGAUCUCCUGAUUCAUCAUGCCAAACGCCAAACUGGAAUUACUAAAGAAGACAAACGACGCAUAAAAACACUAUUGAGACAUACGGUGCCCGAUCUUUUCCGUCAUCCUCGCCAGGAACUUAGCGAAGACGAAAGAGAAAAUGAUGAUGACGACGAUGCGGAAGAUAAAGAUUCACAUGAACACGACACAGCUACGAAGAGGGAGAAACGAAAGAGCAGCAAAAUGACAAAUGGCGGUCGCGGAAAUACGAAGGUUCCGGCCUUAGCAAUGUUAGCCUCAAUGGACGACGAGUACACGCUCUUCCUGGCCAACAGUCACUGGUAUGUCUUCCUCCGCUUGCAUCACAUUUUAUGUGAACGACUCACCAAGAUUGGGGAUCGUGCAUCCAUCCUUCUUCAAGAGGAAAAAGAAGAGAUUGCCAAGUCUCGUUCUCGCUCAAACGGUCGCCACAGGGAAAACGACAGUGUGGCUGUAGCACUUCGACUCAAACCGAAGGCCGAAGUCGAGAUUGAUCAGUACUACUCACACUUCCUUUCGAUGGUGAAGAAUCUGUUGGACGGCAACAUCGAGGCACUGCAAUUUGAAGAUUCGCUUCGUGAGAUGUUUGGCAUCCAUGCUUACUCUGCGUUUACUCUUGAUAAAGUCAUCGCCAACGCCGUUCGUCAGCUGGGUCAUUUGGUCACCGAUCAGACGUGCUUGCAGUGUACCGAAAUAUUUCUGGAAGAGCAUGGUCUUAAAGGUUCAUCGAAGGGUCUGCUGACUGAGGAUGGAUCAAAUGACGAAGGCAAGCAAUCUGCAGCUGAAAUGUCUUAUCAGCGAAGAAUGGAGCAGUUGUUAGCUGACGAAAAUCUUUUUAGAAUUGUUUUAUGGCACAAAAAUGAAGAAACCACAAUCGCCAUUGAAAUGCUCGACACCGACACUCACUCAAGUUGCUCAGGAGAUAACCCGCCAUUGCAAGAUGUGCGUAACUGGUCAAAUUACGUCGAAGGAUACGUUUCAGAUCGCAUGGAUCAAGUUAUGUCGGAGAAAGCCAGGCGAAAAAAUACAGAUCCAUCAUUGAGCGCAGCCCAUUCCCGCGUAAGAAAACCAGUUUUCCUACAAAGAAAUCUGAAACAAUGGGAAAGGCGGCGACGGAAAGAUGGCUCCGUUAAAGCGUCACGUUCUAAGAAUUCCGACACUCCUGUGGACGCGGACGACACUACACAGAAGGACGUUACAUUAAGCGAGGAUGCUCACUGUGUGUUCAACGUCAAUUCAUAUCAAAUGGUUUUUGUGGCCAAUAGCGAGAGUGUAUUGUACAAGAGACAUGCGUUCACCCGAGCCAAACAAUGCCACAAAGCAGUAACGCUACGGAUGAGAAAACACUUUCUAGUUUGGCGUGAACGCUGGUCGGCAGCUCAUGUGACGGCAGAUGCCGAAAAGGCGACGGCAAACUGGCUUCUGGGCAAAGGUGACCACUUGGAACUGAAGGCAGACAGCAGAACUGUCAAACUUGUAAAUCAUGUUGACAAGCGUGCUCCUUUUGGGACGCUCAUAAAGUAUCGUGUCGACUACGACAAGAGUUGAGUGACUAUCUAAAGGAAUCUUGUCUGUCCCUAUUACUUGCAAAGUUGCAAUCGAAUCAAUCAUCUCUCCGAUGCCAUUUGAUUGAAUUAAUCGCUCUGCCUAUUUUUAAACAAUGAUAGAUAAAGGAGAAUUGUUAUACUCUCUUGUCCAACACUGCAACUCGUUGUUUCUAAACUCCUUUCUACUACUGGGUUCACCGCCCGUGUUUUCCCCCAUCUGUGUGUAUGAUUUUUUAAACAAUUGUAAGUGGACGAUGUGAACGAAAAAAAAAACCAACAAACAAAUCAAGACAAUAAAGAUCUUAUGUCCAUGA